AAAUACAUAGUACUAUCUAUAUAUGUAUGUUCAUACUAUGAAAUACCAGUAACGUAAUACAUAUGUGUUCAGUGUUUACAUGUAUACACACGCAUUCUUUGCCGUUAAUGUCAGCGAUCAAAACUUGAAAAAUGAGCACAGAGUCUCAAUUUCUCCUGAUUCAAGUCUCUCUAGUGUUGCUUUUCUUUUCAGGAAUUCAUGGAUCUCUGUGGAAGCAAGAUAGUGAUAUUCUGUCCUCUGAUAUAUUGAGUAGAACUCAUUAUGAUGCCUCUCCAAACAUCUCACCUAGCAUUGCUCCAGAAUCUAUGUUGCCGAUGCAAGCACCUUCACCAUUGAUGCCAUUUACAUAUACUGGUGUGCCAAAGUUAUCAGGACAUUGUGCAUUCAAUUUUUCAGCUGCAGACAGUAUUUUGAGAACAACAGCGACUAAUUGCUGGUCUUCACUUGCUCCAUAUCUUGCUAAUGUGAUAUGUUGUCCUCAAUUUGAUGCCAGCCUAGUGGUUCUUGUAGGGCAGGCUAGUAUUCAGUCACAAAGGCUCGCGCUGAACUUGACUCAUGCUACGCACUGCCUUUCGGAUGUUGAACAGAUUCUUGAAAGUCAAGGUGCUAGUAAGAAGCUUCUUGAGAUUUGUUCUGUGGAUCCGUCCAAUCUUACAGAAUCCUCUUGUCCUGUUAUAGAUGUUAACGAAAUCGAAAACAGUUUAAAUACAUCAGCUUUGCUGGUUGCUUGUGAAAAAAUAGAUCCAACUAUUGAGUGCUGCAACCAAGUUUGCCAGAAUGCUAUAUCUGCUGCAGCUGAAACUUUAGCUGCCAGGCAUAAAAAUGUAACAAGAUUCAGUGGCUCCCUUAUUUUGCCUGAGAAAUCAAGUCUUAUGAGUGACUGUACGAGCAUUGUAUUGCGAUGGCUGGCCAGCAAAUUUAAUCCUUCUUCAGCUAAUAGAAUCAUCAGAGCACUUUCAAGCUGUGACAUUAACAAAUCCUGUCCAUUGGUGUUUCCUGAAAUAAAGGACAUUACUAAAGAAUGUGGAGAGGUAACGAGUAAUCAGACAUCCUGCUGCAAUGCAAUGGAUAGUUACUUGUCGCGCUUGCAACAGCAGAGCUUCAUUACAAAUCUCCAAGCUUUAAAUUGUGCUACAUUGCUUGGCAAGAAGUUGCAAGAAGCUAAUAUUACUAGCAAUGUUUUUGACCUUUGCCAUGUAAAUCUCAAGGAUUUUUCUCUUCAAGUCGAUGCUAAAGAAUCGGGAUGCCUCUUGCCCAGCUUGCCUACAGAUUUAACAUAUGACCAGAGUUCAGGAAUUGGCUUCAUUUGUGAUCUUAAUGAUAAUGUGGCAGCUCCUUGGUCCUCAGCAUAUUCUGGUGCUGCUUCUACCUGCAACAAGACUGUUGCACUUCCAGAACUUCCCAAGGCAACAUCCUCUCAGUUCAGUAUAGGAGUCAGCAUCAAAGAUAUGGUGUAUACCCUGAUAUUUGCUUUAUCAAUGGUCUUCCAGUUGCUCAUCUAACUCUUCUGGAUUACUUGAAUUUUCAUCACAAGAAAUAUGCUAUACCGUAUAUUUAUAUACGAUUCUAUCUGGAUUUUCAGAAAGAAAAUGUUAGCACAAGUAGCUCAAAUUUGCUGCAUUUACAGCAUCAUUUAUCUAUCAUUCAUUAUUCUCUUUUUCUUUUUCUUUUGUUUGUCGCAAUAAAAAUUGUACAGAGAAACUUGUUACGGUAUAUACUAUUAACCAUGCAUUUAGAUAUAGUAUAUUCUAAUAAUUGUCAUGGUUAAAAGCCUAAGUGAGAGAUUGUUGGGAUAUAUACUAUUAACCAUGGAUUUUGGUUUGGA